ACACACACACACACACACACACACACACACACGCACCUCUCCUGGAGCUGCUGCAGAACCAGAGGAGGAGAAAAGAGGGAGGAAGAUAUUUGGCCCCCGAGUCUCGAAGCCGCCUUCAAACUGCUGGGAUGAGGUGCUGGUUGGUGGCGGGCGGCUUGUGGCUCCUCGUGGUCGUGACCGUCUCCAGCGGUCAAACCGGGAACGGACCUCGCAACCAGGAAGGAGAAACCCCGCGGAAGAAGGGGAAGAGGGACGGACAAGGUCCUUUGCGGGCCAAAGCGGGGCGCUCCAGACCUCUGAAGAUCAGACUGGUUCCUGGUCCCGGCCUGCCGGUGGAGCCCGGAGAGAACCAAGCCAAGCCUCGGGUCAUGAAGCCCUACGAGAACCUACAAGAACAGCACUCCAGCUACAACAUCAUCCCAGGUAAGCAGGGCCACUGUGUGUUCCAGGGCCUGACCAUGUUCCACCAGGCCGUCUGGGCCCCAAAGCCCUGUGUGACUUGCGUGUGCAGCGGAGGGCGGGUGGUCUGUGACGAGAUCACCUGUCCCACAAUGCACUGCCACUUCCCCUUCACCCCCGCCGGGGAGUGCUGCCCCGUCUGCAUGGAGUCAGACCCUGACCUCAGCCUUGACCUUUCUGGUGACUCCCCAGUUCCAAACGACCCCAGCGACCACAUGACCCCUCUGACCCAGGAGGAGAUCCAGCGUAUCCUCUGGCGGGAGGAAGAGGAGCACCGUGAGGAGGAGGAACGCCUCAAUAAAAAGGAUGAGGCAAGGAAGAAGAGGAGGAAGCAGAGGAAGGAGAAGGCGGAGAAACAAAGAAAGAUAGUGGAGGGGAAGAGGAGGGAGGAGGAGGAGGCACUGAGGCUGCAGGUGGAGAAGGAAGAGGAGGAGUGGAGAAGGCACAUGGAAGAGGAGGAGAGGAGGAGACAGGAUGAGGAAGAUAGUAGGCGGAAGGAGGCAGCAGAGAAAGAAGCAAGGGAGGAGGAAAGGAAGCUAGAGGAGGAGAGGUGGAGACAUGAGGAGAUGCUGAGGGAGGAACUACUGGGUCUGGUGGAGGAGGAAGAGGAGAAGCAAGAAAAGGCAGAGGAGGUGUGGCUGAGAGGAGAUGUGUUUGAAAUGCCCCCAAAAGAACCCGAGGAACUUGAGCACCUCCCCGCCCCGAUACCACAACCUCCUGCUGCAACCGAGGGCGAGCUGAAGGAGAUGGAGGAGGCAGAAGAGGAGGAGAAGGUGGGAUUACACAACAGAGGAGGCCUCCCUCCAGGCUGCGACAUCUCUGAUGUCACUCUGACAUGUGAUCACGCCAAACUCACCUACUUCCCUCCUUUGUCCAUACCUGAGCUCAAGUCCCUCAGUCUGGAGGGCAACAACAUCAGCAGCAUCCCUGCAGAAGCCUUCAACGGCAUCCCGAACCUGGAGUGGAUCAACCUUAAGAAAAACCAACUCACCUCCAACAGCAUUGAUGUCAAAGCCUUCAAAACUUUGAAGAUGCUAACGCGUCUGUACUUGGACGGGAACCUUCUGGAAGCCACGCCCACUGACCUUCCACCGACCCUGCAGGAGCUGAAGAUCAGCGAGAACCGACUGAGAACAAUCGAUGAAAACAGCUUCCACGGUCUGAGCAGCCUGGUGAUUCUGGAGUUGGAGGGGAACCUGCUGAGUGAGGGGCAUGUCGACCCUCUGGCAUUCGCCCCCCUGGUCCAGCUCUCGUUCCUGCGACUGGGCCGGAACCACUUCCGCACCGUACCACAAGGCCUCCCCGCUUCACUGCUGGAGCUUUACUUGGAGAACAACCUGAUUGAGGAAAUCUCAGAGGCUGCUUUCAAUCAGACCCAAAGUCUGAAUGUGGUUUCUUUGAGACACAACCGGCUGGAUGAGAACCGGAUCGCCCCGCUGGCCUGGAUUAACCACAGAAAUCUGGAGUCCAUUGACCUUUCGCACAACGACAUUUACCUGGUUCCAUCAUACCUGCCCAGAUCUCUGGUCCACCUGGUGCUGGUGGGAAACAAGAUAGAGAGAAUACCCGGCUUCGUCUUCGCCCACAUGGACCCCGGCAUCGAGUACCUGUACCUCUCCUACAACAGACUCGACGGGGAGGGCAUCGAGCCCGAGUCGUUCUUCGGCUCGUACCAAUCCAUGGUGGAGCUGUGUCUGGACCACAACCAGCUGGUCUCCAUCCCGUCCGGCAUCAACGAGAUGACCAGCCUACACUUUCUCAGACUCAACGAUAACAACAUCCGGAGCGUCCGAGACGAAGGAAUCUGCGACCCGGACCACAGCGGAGACUCCACCCUGGUGGCCGUGAGGCUGGAAAACAACCACCUGGACCCCCAGAACAUCUCCCCCUCAGCCUUCUCCUGUGUACGCUCCUCCUCCAGCGUGGUCCUAAGGCCGCAGAAAACCAAGCGGACGCGCUAAACACAACGCUAAAGAGAGACACUCGCUCCAUUGUGCCGACACAGAUUUUGGUUUUGACGUUCAAAGAGAAGUCAUUUCCCUUCCUUAGGUCCCUCUGGUGCUCCACGCUAGUGAAACGACACCAAAACUUGUGCAAAAUAGAUUCUCGUGUGAUUUACAGAUUGAACACGGGGCAAAGUAGUCGUGUUUGAAUCAUUGGACCGAGUUCAGUUGCAUUGAAAUGAGAUUCUCUUCUUCUUUGGUCCUUAAUGCAGCGUUUCCUGCCCCACCUCAACCCAGUAUGAAGAAGACAGAGCAAAAUCAAAACACAUCUGUCUCCCUCAGUAAAACGUCAAACUCUCUAAAAAGGGAAAGAACCCCCCCAUCACAGUAAAACUAAAGGGGCUAAUAAAGAGAUGGAAAGAAUUUCGAUGAAAUGAGGCCGCAAGCCCAACAGCGUUAGCUUUAACAACCUCGCCACCUUCACGUCCCUCCUACAGCUUCUUUCAUAAAAAGCGAACAUGGAAAGGAGAAGUGCGAUCACAUGGGUGACGAAGCCUCCGAGCUCUUUGUGUAAAAGAUGAGGAGCAGCAUUAAAGCUAAUCCCUGUGAUGGAUAAAGAUACAGAAGAGGUUUCUUCCUUCUGUGUCUACGUGAUUUCAGCAGGUUCCUACUAAGAGCUUCAGUGUGACAGGAAACAAACAAAUGCCUUUGUCUUCUAGUGAGUGCUCCUCAAUACGGAAAACAUCAUUGAAUUAUACUUUAUUAUUUACUGUACGUCCAUGUUUCAUCUAUGAACCACAAUGUACUGAUGUCUCUUCUCAGGAUGGGAGAGUAAAUCCUUUGUGCACGAGUGAUUUGAGAGAUUUGCUUUAGAUAGACACAUAAUAACUCUUAUACAUGUGCCCCUCACUUUGCUUUUGGCUGGCCAACAUGCAUAAAUCAUACAACAAAAUGUGUAUUUAAUCAUAUAACUAAACGGUUGAGAUAGUGUUACAAUGGAGAAUUCAAAUAAAC